GGGGGCUGCGAUGGGACGGAAGCCAUGAAUGGUGACCCUGGCCCCGCCGCCCCCGCCACGGUCCCGGACUGGCGGCAGUUCUGCGAGCUGCACGCGCAGGUGGCCGCCGUGGACUUUGCACACAAGUUCUGCCGCUUCCUGCGGGACAACCCGGCCUAUGACACACCUGAUGCCGGGGCCUCCUUUUCCCGCCACUUCGCCACCAACUUCCUGGACGUCUUCAGCGAAGAGGUGCGCCGCGUGCUGGUGGCCGGGCCAGUGUCCCGGGGAACAGGGGACCCCACCGACGCCAUGGAGCCUGAGCCCGCAGAGACGCCGGCCCUCAAGGCGGCGACCACCUGUGGUCACUCGCGGAGCUCGGAGGACGCGUCCACGCACCUGGCAGCCAAGACCCGCGUCCGCAAGGGUUUCUCACUGCGCAACAUGAGCCUGGGCGUGGUGGACGGCGUGCGUGACAUGUGGCACCGGCGCGCGUCGCCUGAGCCCGACGCUGGGGCCACCCCAAGGGCCACCGAACCCUCAGCCGAGCCGCGUGACAAGUGGACACGGCGUCUGCGGCUGUCGCGGACGCUGGCGGCCAAGGUGGAGUUGGUGGACAUCCAGCGCGAGGGCGCACUGCGCUUCAUGGUGGCGGAUGAUGCAGCCGCGGGUCCCGGGGGCGCAGCGCAGUGGCAGAAGUGUCGCCUGCUCCUGCGAAGGGCUGUUGCUGGGGAACGCUUCCGCCUGGAGUUCUUCGUGCCGCCCAAGGCCUCCAGGCCCAAGGUGAGCAUCCCCCUGUCUGCCAUCAUCGAGGUCCGAACCACCAUGCCCCUGGAGAUGCCAGAGAAGGACAACACAUUCGUGCUCAAGGUGGAGAAUGGAGCUGAGUACAUCCUGGAGACCAUCGACUCACUGCAGAAGCACUCAUGGGUGGCCGACAUCCAGGGCUGUGUGGACCCAGGUGACAGCGAGGAAGAUGCUGAGCUGUCCUGUGCCCGGGGAGGCUGUCUGGCCAGCCGCGUGGCUUCCUGCAGCUGUGAGCUCCUGACAGACGCAGCAGACCUGCCCCGGCCUCCAGAGACAACAGCAGCUGUGGGUGCCGUGGUGACAGCCCCACACAGCAGAGCCCGAGACGCUGUCGGAGAGCCCCCAGUCCACGUCCCACUCCAGACCUUCCUGCAGACGCUGGAGUCCCCUGGUGGCAGUGGCAGUGACAGCAAUAAUGCAGGGGAGGAAGGAGCCGAGCCAGAUCCCGAGGCUGAACCUGAGGUGGAGCUCUCAGACUACCCCUGGUUCCACGGCACACUAUCACGGGUCAAGGCUGCUCAGCUGGUGCUGGCAGGUGGGCCCCGGAAUCAUGGCCUCUUCGUGAUCCGCCAAAGUGAGACUCGGCCAGGGGAGUAUGUGCUGACCUUCAACUUCCAGGGCAAGGCCAAGCAUCUGCGCCUGUCCCUCAACGGCCACGGUCAGUGCCACGUACAGCACCUGUGGUUCCAGUCCGUGCUUGACAUGCUCCGGCACUUCCACACGCACCCCAUCCCACUGGAGUCGGGGGGCUCCGCUGACAUCACCCUUCGAAGCUAUGUCCGGGCCCAGGGGCCGCCACCUGACCCAGGGCCAUCACCGAGCACCGCACCCGCGGCCCCCGCCUGCUGGGCCGAGCCGGCCGGCCAGCACUACUUCUCCAGCCUGGCCACGGCCACCUGCCCGCCCGCCUCGCCCUCCGAAGCCGCUGGCGCCUCGUCCUCGUCCGCCUCAUCGUCCUCCACGGCGUCCGUGCCCGCGCCCCCGCGCGCAGCCGACGGCCCGCUGGGCGCGCGUAGCCGCAGCAACAGCGCCGAGCGCCUGCUGGAGGCCGCGGCCGGCGCCAACGACGAGUCCGCGGAGGCGGCACCAGGCCGUGCGCGCGCUGUUGAGAACCAGUACUCCUUCUACUAGCGCUGAGGGCACGGCCACGCCCCCCGGCGGCCCGGCCCUCCCACCCGGCUGGCCACGCCCACCAGUCGCGCAGCCCGCCCACUCAUGGCGGGCCACGCCCCAUCGACGGUAGACUGCGCCCAUCAGUGGCGGGCCACGCCUGCCGGCUCCAGCCCCGCGCUGGUGGAUAAGCUAAGCUCUUCAGUGAAGACAUAAAUGUUAUUAAAGAGCCUGUUUUAGGGACUGCACCUGGCUGUCCUGUCCUUUCUUCUGCGCUGGCCUUGGCACCGCGGGAAGG